UUUCUCAGAGUGUCCCACGCUUGUGCUUUAUUCCCACAGUGAGACGGGCACAAAGGUGCCUGUGCUGUAUAUGAACUCCAGAAAUUGCUCGAGUGUUUUCUAUAGAGCUACAUUGCCAUUUUUUUCCAUUGCUCAGUAUAUCCCCACUGUCAUACAGACAUCAGAGCUGCAUCCACAGGAGCCCCGGGCCACAGAAUAACAGCCCACUCAUUCAUCUGAAGAGGACAAGACCACAGAAGACUCAACCAAAGACAGUCUCAGAAGUCAGACAGCAUUGGUGUGGAGUGAUGGGGGACUGGAGUCUCUUGGGUAAUUUUCUGGAAGAGGUGCAGGAGCACUCCACAUCAGUGGGGAAGGUGUGGUUGACCGUGCUGUUCAUCUUCCGUAUCCUGGUGCUGGGCACAGCGGCGGAAUCAUCAUGGGGCGACGAGCAGUCCGACUUCAUGUGUGACACACUACAACCCGGUUGCACCAACGUCUGUUAUGACCGAGCUUUCCCCAUUGCCCAUAUCCGCUAUUGGGUGCUGCAGAUUGUCUUCGUAUCAACACCGUCCCUCAUCUACAUGGGCCACGCCAUGCACAUCGUCCGCAUGGAGGAGAAGCGGAAACAGAGGGAGCAGGAGGAGAAGGGUGAGGACGGCAAUGGAGAGAAGCAAUAUUUGGAACAGAAAGAAAAAACUGAUGAUACAAAGACAACGUUCCACCUAAAGGGUGCGCUGCUACGGACGUACGUCCUGAGUAUUGUGAUCCGCUUGAUCAUGGAAGUGACCUUCAUUGUUAUCCAGUACAUGAUGUAUGGAAUCUUCCUGAAUGCUCUGUAUCCUUGUGACAUGUCACCUUGUCCCAACCGUGUGAAUUGUUACAUGUCCCGUCCAACUGAGAAAAACGUCUUUAUUGUGUUUAUGCUGGUGGUGGCGGCUGUUUCACUGCUUCUGAGCGUGCUAGAACUGUACCACCUUGCAUGGAAACAGUGCAAGCAAUGCCUUCGAAAAUAUGCUGACAAACACGCCAAUGAUGUCAAUGGCAAAAACACCAAAGUUGGUUCUUUAGUCCUACACAGCAAGACAAGUAUUCCAAUGGAUCUGCCUGAGAAGACUCAGCCACAUCCCUCCCAAACCUGCACCCCACCCCCAGAUUUCAACCAGUGCCUAGCAUCAAGCCCAGGUCCAACAUCACCCCCGCAUCUUCAUCACCACCAUCUUCAGAACAUCCACAAAACCUGCCAGCCCUUCACCAACCGCCUGGCUCACCAGCAGAACUCCGUCAACAUGGCCACAGAGCGAGAUCAUCACAGCCACGGUGAUCUUCAGCCAGCUGUGGACUUCCUGCAGAUGAGCUACGAGAGCCCUGAGGUUCAAGUCCCGGGUGAGAUGACACCCAGUGCCCCCUCCACACCAUCCUCCCAACCAGGCUGCUUCAAAGACAAGCGCCGACUUAGCAAGACUAGUGGUACUAGUAGUAACCGAGUCAGACCAGGUGAUCUGGCUGUGUAGGUUGGGUUAAAGGACCAUCCUGGAGGAUUAGAAGCUGGGAGUGUGAACUAGCCUUAAGAUGAGAGAUAUUGACACAAGGGGUGUGCAUUAUUGUGUGUGUAUGAGUAUUUUUGUGUGUUGGUAUAUUAUAUGGGAUAUUUCACUUAUUUGUGAUGAGAAAGGCUUAAAUAUCAGCAUGAAUCAGAGGAUAAUGGGAAAGUGUAGGGCAGAGAAUCUGUAUCAGAGCAUUUAAUAUGGUUUCAUUGAAACUGUUGUCGUAAGUGUAUGUAGAUUUUUAUAGGGUGGAUCAAAAAGUCUGAAUAAAAGGGUGUUGAUAUAUUCAGAUGAAUGGAUGGAUGGAUGGAAGAUGCAAGGACUACUAAAAUAACUUUGCAACAUUUACAAGAGAGUACAGGGUAGUUUUGCACACUGAUUCAUAUUGUUUCAUAUUGCAAGAAGAAUCAUUUUUAUUUUUUAUUUUUGUUUUGCAAUUCAACACUCAAAUCAAACACAUUUUGAGCCAGAAAGCAAUGAAGCACUUAUACCUUAGAAAAGAUCAUUGUAAAAAAAAAGUAAGUUUUAAAUGAACAGGGAAAAAAACAUGCCCUGCUGUAUCAUUUUAUUAAGGUUACAGGCUACAGAAUUUAUCUGAUUAUUCUACAGUUUUACAAAAAUAUAUGUGAAAUAAAUAACAGAAUAAUAUGAAGUAUCCUGAUACUUUUUAUAUUUUUAUCAAACUAUUAUUGAUGUAAAUAUGUGUGAAUUAUUAACAAACAACUUAUUUGUUACAGUAGUGAGCCUAUAAUGAGAUAUCAAAACGGAGGAACUUUCAAAUCAGUUUGAUAUUCAGUUGAUAUUGAAGAUUUGGCAAAGGUAUUUUUUUAUAAAAGCAUUCAAACUGUAGGCCAAGUUAAAGUGCCUUGAAAAGAGCAGAUCAAAAAGAAAAGACGGCAAGAGCAAUCACAGCUUAAUAAAAUAUCAUCAUUUGAUAUAGCUUACACAAUUGUAUUAAUAGUCUGAACAGAAUUAUUUUUAUUAAUGGUAAGCAGGGUUUGUAUUUAUCAAAGCAUGCACUUUAUUGAUGUCUGCAAUAGGUAUGUCCUCUAAUGUCAUCAAAUCUCAAUAAGUGUCAAUGAAAUUAUCUGUCAGUGUUCCAUUCAGAAAGAUGAUUUAUUGGUCACUCACCUUUUGAAACAUUGUUUAGUCUUCUGAUGUAGUCAUCUCUAUUUCAUUUUAUGUAAUACUUAAUCUUGUAUUAGUGUAUGAAGUUUUUACAAUUAAAAACUAUUUUAUGACAAAUGUAUAACAGAUGACUAGAGCUGGUCUAGGAAAUCCUUCUUUCACAGUUAAUGACAUCUAAGCUUUAUUUCACUUCAUUUUGUUUUUUAUUUGAUUGCGGUCACACGGUGUGUCCUCUGAUCUGUUUACAGUACACAAUAAAAAUAUUCCAGCACUAAUAA